UCCAUGACGCAAUUUCUCUUUUCAUGUAAAACGGAGAGGAGGGGGAACUAAACUCUCUAAAGUCCCCCCUCGCCCACGUUUACAUGGGGUAACAGAGCGUUACGUGACCGGAGUGCAGAUAGGUUCAGGGAUGAGAAGGACUACUUGAUCUUCAGCUGAGGGGAGCUUCUGGUUUUCUCCAACCAGAGUCUGCGACUGGAUUAGUUUGAUGGACAACACGCAAUGACAGAUAUCUCAUUUAUGAUGUACAUGUUUCAUAUCAAAUGAAUCAAUGAUAAUCAAACAAUAAGGAGAAAAAUGCAUGCAUUCUGGGGAAGUAUAUCCUGCACGUACAGUAUAUCUGGACAAUGAUUGAUGACAGUGUCCUGUGUUAAGGAAAGCUAUAAAUAUUGUAUUCACGCUUCAGUCUUAGCCCGGCUUAGCAGACAAUGGCUGAAGUUGUGCGUGUACUGAAUGCAGUGCCGUGUUCCAGGCCGCUGCCAAAACGUCUUUGGGACCAAAUAAAAAAAAGUACUUUGCAUCCCACCCCCAGUUUUGCUCUGUCCUGCGUUCAUUCACUAUGAUGCGCGCCUAGUUGAAGGAGGUUCUCCACACCCGCGUGCCUAAAACUUUCUAAUGAAACCCCCCAAAACUUUUUGACAAACAUUUUUUUGACGCUCUGAAGGUCAAGAGGGUUCUCAACGUAUUAAUCCGCGUCUUAUAUUGAAAAGAAAACUUCAGAACAUGGAGCCCAGUUCCACAGAGGGAGGAGCUGAUGAGACGCUCCCCAAAAGUCAUCCACCAAGUCUUCCUCACAAAGUGAUGCUCAAACAUGGCCAAGAGCUGGAGGAAGAACAGGAGGAGUUGGCCGAGCACCAGCCUCUGGAACAGGAAGACCUGAACUUUGAGAGGUGGAAGCGCAGGCCGAUACCCCAGAGGUCACUGCACCAGAAAAUAGACGACCUGAAGACGUACCUGUGGAAUGCAGAGACCAAUGAAUUCAUGGGUCGCUCUGGAAAGAGCUGGAGCCUCAUCCUCCUCUUCUACGCUGCACUUUAUAUCUUUCUGGCGGCCAUGUUUGGCGGCUGUUUGUUUUGCCUCAUGUGGUCUAUUAGUCCCUAUCAUCCCACCUUCAAUGACAGAGUGAUGCCACCAGGUAUGACGAUGGCCCCACACCUAGAGGGCCACGAGAUCGCCUUCAAUGCCUCCGAUCGCAAAUCCUGGAAGAAGUACGCAAGAGCUAUGGAUGAAUAUUUAAGAUCAUAUAAUGACGGUGCUCAGGAGAGGAAGAAUAUGCGCUGCACACAGGACAGAUACUUCAUGCAGGAUGACCUGGAGGAGAGCUCAGAGCGGAAAGCGUGUCAGUUUAAGAGGUCCUGGUUGGGGGACUGCUCGGGGCUGCAGGACCCCCACUAUGGCUACUCUCAGGGAAGGCCAUGCGUCCUCCUCCGAAUGAACCGGAUUCUUGGUUACUUACCUGGCCAGGGCAAACCAAUAAAUGUGACCUGUGGUGUUAAGAAAGGACCUGCAGAAGCUUUGGGAGAAGUACAGUUUUUUCCCAAAAGCAUUUUCGAGCUGAAGUACUAUCCUUACUACGGGAAACUCAGACAUGUAAAUUACUCUGCACCGGUGGUGGCUGUGCGUUUCGCAGGAUUGCAGUACGACACUCACUUCCAAAUAACGUGCAAACUGAAUGGAAAGGGCAUCAUUAAUGAUUCACCCACUGACCGCUACCUGGGCAGUGUCACCUUUUCCUUGGAUGUUGGAGCGUGAGCAGGAUGUGCUUACAAUGAGGCAGAAAAAUGUACAAAAAAGUUAAUAAUGUACUAUUAUUUUUCGUGAAUUAUGAAAUUUCCCUGGCCUCACCUUCACUUAAGUAUCCAUGUCUUCUGCUGUGAAACAAAUUCCUUAAGAAUUAGAUAUUUACUCUUGUAUUUCUGAUAUAUAUCUUUGUACCUUUAACUAAUGGUACCUGCACACACAACACACAGUGCUGAGCACAGGACAGGUGCAUAGAGUGAGUUGCAAUUCCUGAUAAUUUGUAAUAAAUAGUUAAAUUAAUCAAACUAAAGUAAACUUUGCCCAACAGUUAGCAGUUUUGGCUAUGCAAAUCCAAUUAUGACUUAAACAUUAAACGGCAAUUAGAUGUUGUUUUUAUCAAAUUAGAUAAUGUUUGGUGUGAAUUUUUCCCAUGUGAUAAGCGUACUAAUUGUUUUUGCAUUAUAUUUUUUAAACAUGUAUAUUGUGAGAAUUCAAAGAACUAUCAUGCAAACUCUGAGAGCAGGACUUGUACUGUACUUACACAGUAAACAAAUAAAUGAUUGCAAAUACACUAUUACUUUAUUUUUUGUUGAAUAGAGCAGAGUUAUACAUUUAUGAUAAAGCAUCACAUAUGCCACUUCUCUCCUUUUGUAAAAACAUUUGCUUUUGAAAAUGAAAUACUACAUGUGACUGAUCAAUAAAGGGACAUACCAUACUGUGAAAUAGUUUGUAAAAGGUCUUUACUAUUAUAAAGUAAAAAGUAAUUUUUUGUUAUAGUACUAAUCCUGCCUGAACUGUGCCACUAAACCUGGUAUCAAUGUUGUAUUUAUUCAAAUUAUAGUUCUUGUAAUAAAUACAAUGUCCUGUUA